GCUUCCUGGACCCCCCCUGAACUGACAACCCUUCCUUGGUUAUUCUCUCAGCAUCUCGGAAAGCAUUCCGUCAAAUAAUCGGCCUCAAUUAACUCAUGUUGAUCACUCUCUUAUCUCCGUACUUCUAUUCUGAUACGGGUUUCAAGGUCAUGGCUCAGGUUCUCUACCCUGAGCAUCAUCACGAACUAAGCGCCUUAAUUGUGUUCCUUCUGGCAAGUAGCCUUCAACUUUUUUUUUUCGGACAUUUGACACGACAUCAACGAUGCCAAAAUGACGCUGUACCUUCUAAAUGAAACGUCGUGCGACACCGUGAAGGAUCAUAGAGAGUUCUUGGCGCAUGAGAAAUCGUCUAGACCGUCUAGACGUGUCUU